CACGAAGGGGGAGUCGUUUUCCGGCGAGGAAAAUGGCGUCGGCCAUGCUCCUGAUUAUGCUUCCGCGGUGGUCGGCGGCCCGGGGACGGCUCCGAAACUGCUGGCAGCGACUACAGCAGAAGCUUCAGCAGAGCUGGCCAGGGUUUCCCAGCUCCCCGUGGGGACCAGCAUUAGCAGUCCAGGGUCCAGCCAUAUUUAUAGAGCCAGCAAAUGAUACUAGUGGAAGUAAGGAGAAUUCCAGCCUUUUGGAUAAUAUCUUUUGGAUGGCAGCUCCCAAAAACAGACGCAGCAUUGAAGUUAACCAAUGUAGGAGAAGAAACCCUCAGAAACUUAUUAAAGUUAAGAACAAUAUAGACAUUUGUCCUGAAUGUGGUCAUCUGAAACAGAAACAUGUCCUUUGUGGCUAUUGCUAUGAGAAGGUGUGCAAGGAGACUGCAGAAAUCAGACGACAGAUAGGGAAACAAGAAGGGGGCCCUUUUAAGGCUCCCACCGUAGAGACUUUGGUACUGUACACAGGAGAGACACCGUCUGAACAAAAUCAAGGCAAGAGGAUCAUUGAACGAGACAGAAAGCGACCCUCCUGGUUCACCCAGAAUUGACACUAAAGAUGUUAAAAGAGGACAACUUCACAGUAGAACAUUUCUGAAGAGAGGAAGAUUCUUUGUUUUUAAUUUGUUGGACUUUAAAAAAAAAUCAUCGAUAUAGUAUAGAGCUUUCUUUAUAAGUAGUUUUGUGUGGAGUAAUUUGAGGAAUAUGUUAUGAGUAAACUCUGAAAAUAUUUAUGUAAAGAUUCAGUGGAUUAAUAUGUCUGUUUCUAUUACAUAUAAGGUUUUAAAUAAACAAAUAUCCAGAACAAAAAUAAAAGAAAAAAUUUUUUAAAUUGGAGCAA